AUGGAGACCGUGGCCUUGAGUCCGACUCUUGGAGCUAAAGAAAGGACAUUCAACCUUUUUAGUUUUGCGUUCGAGUCGUUUGUUUCGCCAACGUUGGGAGGAAAUGCUGCCUUUUCUGAUGACGUGGGUUCGAGCCCAGGCCCCCGCAGUCAUUCAUCAGCCCCAGACGGCCUGGCUGUAGCCCCCACCCCCGUACCUGUGGUGGGCAGCCAGAUGACCCGACAGGCCCGCCGUCUUUAUGUUGGCCCCUUUGGUAUCACAGGUGAGAAACAGAAAAGCAUAUUUCGGCCCCUGGAAAUCCUGUCCUCGCUGCACAGAUCAACCAGGACAAGAACUUUGCCUUCCUUGAGUAUUCCUGAACUCUCGUUGGAUCUUGUUUGUGUGUUUUUAAAUGUUUCUGUUCACUUUCGUUCAGUGGAUGAAACGACACAGGCAAUAGCCUUUGAUGGCAUCAUCUUUCAAGGCCAAAGCCUUAAAAUCCGUCGUCCGCACGACUACCAGCCACUGCCCGGCAUGAGCGAGAACCCCAGUGUCUAUGUGCCUGGUACACAGACAAUUAAUGGAGUGGUGUCCACAGUGGUCCCAGACUCGGCUCACAAGCUCUUUAUUGGUGGAUUGCCCAGUUAUCUGAACGAUGACCAGGUGAAGGAGUUGUUGACGUCGUUUGGCCCUCUGAAGGCCUUUAACCUGGUAAAAGACAGUGCCACAGGCCUAUCUAAAGGAUAUGCCUUCUGUGAAUACGUUGGUCUUUGGCUGUCUGCACAGGCUAUCGCUGGACUGAACGGCAUGCAGCUCGGAGACAAGAAGCUCCUGGUGCAGAGGGCUAGCGUGGGAUCCAAGAACGCCACUCUGACAACUAUAAACCAGACCCCAGCGACGCUGCAGGUGCCGGGUUUGAACAGCUCCGUCACUCAGAUGGGUGGCCUGCCUACUGAGGUGCUGUGCCUGAUGAACAUGGUGGCCCCCGAGGAGCUCCUGGACGAUGAAGAAUAUGAGGAGAUUGUGGAAGACCUCAGGAGCAAGUACGGCCAAGUGAAAAGCAUCGAGGUACCUCGUCCUGUUGAUGUCUUGGACAUACCUGGGACGGGCAAAAUGUAGGCCACAAGUGCCCCCCCCCCCCACC